UUAUGUAGAUCUGUGACACUGUAUGGCAGUAGGAAAUCCGAUUAAAGUUAUUUUGUCAAGGGAAACAAGAGCCUUAUUUGUUUUAAUCUGUAUUUUGCUUAUAAAUGUUUUUUCAAAUCAUGUAUAACAUAAUUAAUUAAUUGUUUUUCUAUAGAAGAGUAUGAUUAAUCGUAUAUUAAAAUAAGACGGAUAAAAAAAAUCAAUCGUAUCUUAUAAUGCUAUAAUUUUUUUAAAAAUUUUCAUAGAAGGUAGAUUAUCAUGAAUGGUCUGCCAUUUAAUAAUUUGGACGAACACCUUGCACGUUUUGCUGCUUCAAAAAAGUGUUCAAUUACAAAUCAAAAUGUUGCUAAUGUCAAACAUUUUACUUUUAAAAAAUCUUUAAGUCUUGGAAAGCAUAGUUCUUCAAAAAGUAUAGUUCCUGUUUUGCAAUCAAGUGAAAAUAAACAGAUAUCCUUUCAUUCAAAUCAAGUUUUAUCAACUAAAAACAAUCAAGUGCCUGUUAAAACAGUAAAGAAACAAGGAACCAUAACAAGUUUCUUCUCCCAGUCUGAUGAUUCUUCGAAGCAAGUAUGCCCUAGUAAAAAGGAGAAAAGUUUAAAUUCUUCCUUUUUAAUAGAUGAUUUUUUAAUUGAUGAUAUAGAUGAUUUUGAAAUUCCUUCUUCCAGAAAUGUAAAUAAGAAAAGUAGCUGCAGUAGUGCCCAUGAAAAUGAAAAUUUUGACAGUGGAAAGAAAUCCUCUCCUAAACUCACUACUUUAAAUUCUCAUCAACCUUCUGAACAAGGAUUCAGCUCAGAGAAGAAAACAAAUGAUUCAAAUUCAAAAGAAGAAGUUAGUGUAUCUGGAAAUGAAACUACAAGCCACAAUAAUUUGCAUUCUGCCAGCACUGAUAAUUCUGAGAAAGCAACCAGUCUUACUUCUCACAACUUAGAUUUUAUAAGUUCUAAAGAACUUAUUGAUCUUGAAACAUGUGUUUCAUCGUCAUUCUCUGAUGAAGAAGAAAUUGUGCCUCUUUCUGCUAAGAAAAAAAAUACCAGACGAUUAUUAAGUGAUGAUGAAAGUGAAGAUGUUAAUAGUAACUGCAAACAAAUGCCUGCUGUUAAUAAUAAUAAUAACAAAUUAACAGAAUAUGAACAGAAAAAUUCUCUUACAGUGCAAAGUAAACUUAAUGAGUUUUCAGAAAUAGAUGAACAGUUCUCCUCCUUUAAUCUUAAUUGCCUUGAAAAUAAUGAAUCUGUGGAUGUUACUUCUAUUCUGCAUUCUCUUGAAGAAAUGAAUGUUGAGGUCAUGACAAAAAUAUGUGACCUAAUCCAAAAUGAAGAACAAUUGCAGAUUCAAAAUAAAGAUAUAAGCAACCUGUUACAUACCAGGAAAAAGAUACUGCAUCAGCUGGAAACUGUAAAGAAAAAUUCUAAUAAGAAAUUAACUGAUCACCCUUUCCCAAAACCAGUACCACUUCAAAAACUGAGGCCUAAUCUCUUAUUUCCUGAAUUUUCUAAAAAGGCAUCUUUGGAAUAUUCUACUCCAAAAUCAUCCAACAAAUUUUUAGAUAAAACCAGAGAAAAUUUCAUCACACCACCAAACAACAUUUCUUCUGAAAGUCCAUCUCGGAUUAAUGAAAGAUCACCAAAUUCAAUAUUUCCUGAGCUUUCCCCUAAAAUUAUUUCGCAUCAAAAAGCAUCUUCGCCCAGAAAGAAAUUUGAAGAAACAAGGUCUUUGAUACAAUCCCAUAAUUUAAAUCAUAAUAAUACCUCUGUAAUUAAUAUAGAAGAUAUAGAAACUCAAAAUCUUUUGGAGCAGAGUAUCUAUGAUAUAAGUGAUGAUGAACUAUCUCUUGCUCCUCUAAAGGAAGGUAUCCUGAAUGAUGAUGAAAAAAUUAUUGCUGGAAAUUUUCAUGGAAAUCAACAAGAUGAUGGAGCAUCUCUAGAAUUUAAAGGAUUCAAUUUUCCAUUUUCUAAAGAUGUACUGAAUGUUUUUCAUAAUAUCUUUGGUUUAAAAAUGUUUCGUCACAACCAGCUAGAAGCUAUUAAUGCUGCGCUAUUAGGGAAUGACUGUUUUGUACUUAUGCCUACAGGCGGAGGGAAAAGUUUGUGUUACCAGCUUCCCUCUUUAGUAAAUAGUGGUGUUACAGUAGUUGUAUCACCAUUACGGUCUCUAAUUAUGGAUCAAGUACAAAAGCUCAAUUCGCUGGAUAUCCCUGCAUGCUGCUUAACUGGAGAUACUGAUGCAUCUACAUCUAAUUAUAUAUAUCAGCAACUUGCAUCAAGAGAGCCAAGCAUUAAGUUGCUUUAUUUAACACCUGAAAAAAUCAGUGCCAGUGCUAAACUUAUGUCUUGUUUUGAAAAUCUUUAUGCUAGAAACAUGAUUCAGAGAUUUGUUAUUGAUGAGGCUCACUGUGUCAGCCAGUGGGGGCAUGAUUUCAGACCAGACUAUAAAAAACUGAAAAUUCUCCGAGAAAAAUUUACUAAUGUACCAAUGAUAGCACUAACAGCUACAGCAACUCAAAGAGUCCGUAUGGAUAUUUUGCAUCAACUAAGUAUGCCAUCACCCAAAUGGUUUCUGCAAAGUUUUAAUCGGCCAAAUCUCAAGUAUGAAGUACGACUGAAAACAAAAACUGUUGUGCAAGACAUUAUAAAACUUAUCCAUACCAAAUUUAAAAAUAUGUGUGGAAUAAUUUAUUGUCUUUCAAGAAAUGAUUGUGAUGCUUUGGCUGUGGAGUUGGUUAAAAAUGGAAUAAGUGCAUCAGCAUAUCAUGCUGGAAUGAAUAACCGGGAUGAAGUACAAGAAUGUUGGAUCAAUGACAAAUUUAAAGUUAUUUGUGCAACUAUUGCUUUUGGUAUGGGAAUAGACAAGCCUGAUGUGCGGUUUGUUAUCCAUCAUGCAAUACCUAAAUCUCUUGAAGGUUAUUACCAAGAAUCAGGAAGAGCUGGUAGAGAUGGAGAACAUUCAUGGUGCAUAUUGUAUUAUAAUUAUAAAGAUAUGCAUAGAUUGAAAAGGAUGAUUAUGAAGGACGAGGCUAAUAAACAUUCCUGGGGCACUCAUUUUGAUAAUUUAUAUAGAAUGGUGUAUUAUUGUGAGAAUAAGACAGACUGCCGUAGAGUAUGGAUGUUGGGAUACUUUGGAGAAAUAUUUGAUAAACAGCUGUGCCUAAAUGAUCCUGUUACAGCAUGUGAUAAUUGCUUUUCUAAGGAAGUGUUUGAAAAUUGUGAUAUAACAGAAGAUGCUAAAGCAAUUGUACAGUGUGUCGCUAAAAUUGUUGAUCAUCGUAGAGGAAAAAAUUACACCCUUCCUUAUUUAGUGGAUAUAUACAAAGGUGCUAAAACACAGAAAAUAUUGGCUGCAGGUCAUGACAAGUUGGAACUUCAUGGUAAAGGCCAACACUUGAAUAGGUCUGAUGCAGAAAGACUUUUGAGGAAAUUAGUUUUAGAUCAAUUUUUACAUGAAGAUUUGUAUAUUAAUAAGAUGGACUUGCCUAUAACAUAUAUUUAUUUAGGAAAGCGAGCUAAAGAGUUGCUUUCAGGAAAAGUCAAAAUUGUCAUGCCUUUCCAUAAAGGCAUCAAAAGUAAGAAACAGCUUCCUAUUGUCACUCCAAUCAAGGAUAAAGAAAUUCUACAACUUAUUGAAAAGUGCUAUAAUGAAUUGAUUGAAACAAGCAAAGUGAUAGCUGCAGAACGUAACAUUCAUUAUACCAAUGUCAUUAAUGUCGAGGCCCUGAGACAAAUGUCUCGAGAGAUGCCAAUGACUGAAGAAGAUAUGCUAACUAUUCCACAUAUAACCCGAGCAGUAUAUGAAAAGUAUGGCAAAAGAUUUCUUAAUGUUACUACAAGAUAUGCAGCUGAAAGAUGUGUGAUUGAUGCUGAAAAAGCAGAUAAUGAAAUGCUGUCAGCUUUAACAGAUGAUAUGGAUAAUUGGUCUGAUGCUGAGCCACCAUCAACAAAAAGUAACUAUAGAAAGGGACAGAAAAGGAAAAGAUAUGCACAAGGAGGUCAGUCAAAAAAACAAAAAACAGGAUUUUGGAGGAAGAAAUGGCCUAAAACAAAAGCUAAUGCAAAAAACAGCUCUGCACCAUCAAACAGUAAAGCCAAGACAAGCAAGAAUAAUAAAAUGCCCACUCUAAGAUCAACUGGAAUUUCAACAAGACCACCAGGCUUCCUUCCAGCACCAAAGUGUUCAGCUAAACCCCUUGCACGUUCAUUCAUACCAGCACCUCGAGUGACACUUAUGUAA